CAGCUGCCAGACCCCUGGCCGGGAGAGGCUGAGAGGACUGGCCACCAUGCACAGCUCCUGUGAUCUGCUGCUGCUGCUGCUGCUGGCGGCCACCGUGGGCCCUGCUGGCGCCCUCACUGAAGAUGAGAAACGUGCAAUGGUGGAGCUGCACAACCUCUACCGGUCCCAGGCAUCCCCACCUGCGGCUGAUAUGCUGCAAAUGAGGUGGAACGAGGAGCUGGCCGCCUUCGCCAAGGCCUACGCGAAGCAGUGCGUGUGGGGCCACAACAAGGAGCGCGGGAGGCGCGGCGAAAACCUGUUCGCCAUCACGGGCCACGGCUUGGACGUGCCGCUGGCCAUGGAGGAGUGGCACCACGAGCGCGAGCACUACAACCUCAGCGCCGCCACCUGCGACCAGGGCCAGAUGUGCGGCCACUACACGCAGGUGGUCUGGGCCAAGACAGAGAGGAUUGGCUGUGGCUCCCAUUUCUGUGAGAAGCUCCAGGGUGUCGAGGAGACCAACAUCCAUUUGCUGGUUUGCAACUAUGAGCCCCCGGGGAACGUGAAGGGAAAGAAACCCUACGAGGAAGGCACUUCGUGUUCCCUCUGUCCAUCUGGCUACCGCUGCGAGAGCUCCCUCUGCGAACCCAUCGCGGGCGGGGAAGAGGCUCAGGAUUUGCCUGGCCUGGUAACCGAGGCCCCAUCCUCCCUGGCAACUGAAGCUUCAGGCUCUGGCAAAAGGGGUAUCCCUUCUUCCCUGGCAACAGAAACUCCAGCCUCCUUGGUAACAGAGGCCUCCGGCUCCCUGGAAACCAAGGCUCUACCUGCUGUAGAAACCAAGGCCCCAUCUUCCGUAGCAACGGAGGAGCCCCCCUCCACCGCAAGGGAGGCUCCACCUUCCUUAACAACUGAGACCCCUUCCUUGUUGGUGUCUCACAGCCUGUUCUCCUUGGAUGAGGGGCCAGCUACCUCCCCCAAAUCAACCCAUGAGCCCAUCUCCAAAUUGGCAGACAAAGAGGCCAGCAGGACAAGAAUGCCUUCCAAGAGCCCAGAGAGUUCUCCACACCCCAAGAUGUUCUUGACAGGGACACGGGAGCCACUACCCCAGUCCCAGAAGGUGGGCAAGGCUGAGGCAAAGUUAUCUCCUUCCAGUGAGGUCUUGGCUUCAGUUUUUCCAGGCCAGGACAAGACAGGUGAGCUGCUGGCCACAUGGGACCACAUGGGGCACACCUCCUCCAAGUCCCUGUCCAACUCCCCCAAUACCUCUGCCAGCGCUAAAGCCACACGUACCCUGGCCCUGCAGUCAUCGCUGCCAGGUGCAGAGGGCCCUGAAAAACCUAGCGUCAAGUCAGGGCUGAACCCGGGCCCUGGUCAUAUCUGGGGCCCCCUUCUGGGACUGCUGCUACUGCUUCCCCUCGUGCUGGCUGGAAUCUUCUGAAGGGGUCACCACUCAAAGGCAAGGCCUGUGGGGAGACCCUGGCCUUAUGCCCACGCUGCAUUGUCUUUCUCCAAGUAAGAGGCCACAGUUUCCUGGGCAGGUCCUGCUCUGUGGCCCAGUAGCCCCCCUUGACCUCAGCUUCUGGCCGGACUCCAGGCCAGUGACCUGUGCCCCAGGAGGCCUCUAUAAGCCCGACUCCUGGCACUGGCUCAGGAGUGCCUCUGUCCCUAUGGAGGUCCACCCCUCAGCUAGCUGCAGAUUGUUCUGAGCAGUGAUCCUGUGGCUGCUUGUGCUCAUCCUCCAGUGUCCUGGUGGCCAUGGUUCUGCUCUUCCAGGAACAGAUCUCAGCGCUUCCCAGAAACCCCUUGACGCCUCCUAGGCCCUGGCUUCUUCCUUUAGCCAUCUGAGUCUGGGGCUAUUCCCAGGAAUACCUCCUGCCUUCCCAGGCUGAAGAGGUCAGCAGUCCUCCUGCCAUCUCCCCCACACUGCCCCUCACCCCACAAACAAGAUGCUUCUUGGCUGAAGGUGCUCUGAAAGGGAAAGGCUGCAGGGCACCUGCCUCAUCCUCAAACACCUUGGGGGCAUGAGGCCUGGCUGGCUAUAGCUCAGGGUGCCACCCUGCACGCCUCCUGCCCCUCCUGUCUUAAUCUUAGGGGGUAGGUGGAGAUUCAGGGGAGAUCCCUGCCUACCUGGAUGGACUGCCACUGCAGGUAGGGGGCUCUCCCUGAGUGCCCCCUCCCCCUACUUGCAGAUGUAGCUGGGGAGGUGGAGUUGUGAAGGGCAGAUGAAGGACAAGCUCAUCUGAAUGGGGUUCCAUGAGUCCAUAGGCAGGGACCAGGGAAGGGAAGCCCCACCCACACCCCCGGACUCCUGAAUAAAAGCCUGUGUAAGAGUA